AUGGGCAAGGACGGCGUCAUCCCCAAUUUUGCCCUCGUCGGCAGCCCGCAGACCCCCGAGGUGCUGUCGAACAAGAUCAUCCUGACGCCCGUGGCGCCGGGCAACCAGCGCGCGUCGGUGUGGUCCAACAACAAGCUGAUGCACUCGACGUGGAUCGCCGACGUCGACUUUCGCGCCAACGGGCCCGACCGCGGCGGCGGCAACCUCAACAUCUGGCUGACGUCGGGCGGCAGCAACGACGUCGGCCUCAACAGCGCCUACACGGUCGGGCGCUUCGACGGCCUCGUCCUCGUCGUCGACACGUACGGCGGCUCGGGCGGCAUGAUCCGCGGCUUCCUCAACGACCGCACGACCGACUUCAGCGCCCAGGGCGACAUUGCCGGGCUCGCCUUUGGCCACUGCCAGUACGCCUACCGCAACCUCGGCCGCCCGAGCCAGAUCAAGAUGCGGCAGACGGCCGACAAGUUCUCCGUCGAGGUCGACGGCACCCCCUGCUUCGCCACCGACAAGGUCAAGGUGCCGCUGGGCUACCAGUUCGGCAUCACGGCCGCCAGCGCCGACAACCCCGACUCGUUCGAGGUGUUCAAGCUCGUCGUCAUGUCCGAGAGCCUCCACCCCGAGGCCAGCUACACCCAGCAGGGCCAGGCCGGGUCCAACCAGGGCUCCGUCGGCAACGAGGCCGCCCAAAAGGCCAAGCAGCAGCAGCAGCAGGAGCAGCAGCAGAAGAAGAGGGACAACUCGGGCGGCGGCGGCUGGUUCAGCAAGGACACGAGCAAGGACACGAGCAAGAACGCGCCUCUCGGCGGCGAUGGCGGCAGCGGCAGCGGCAGCGACGAGGACCCGUUCGACAUCAAGGACCAGUCGGCGGAAACGUUCUCGUCGUCGGCCGAGCAGUUUGCCGACCUGCACAACCGGCUGCAGAGCCUGACGCACCACAUCAGCAACGUCUUCCGCACCGUGUCCAAGCACGCGCGGUCGGGCGAGCAGUCGCGGGCCGAGGUGUCGCGGCUCAUCGACACGGUGCGCCUCGACGUGCUGCCGCGCCUCGACCACGUGCGCACGCUCGAGACCAAGGUCGCCGAGCUCGAGCGCGAGAUCAAGGCCCUGCGCGGCGACGUCGGCCAGCAGGUCAAGAGCAGCGAGCGCGCCAUCAAGGGCGUGCUCGAGGGCCACCACCGCUCCCUCAGCGGCGCCGUCGCCGACGCCGUCCCCGGCCACGGCAAGCUCAUCGCCGUCAUUGUCGGCUCCCAGAUCGUCGCCGCCGUCGGGUACUACCUCUACAAGAGGCGGCGCGCGAGCAUGCCCAAGAAGUACCUCUGA